UUAACCGAUCUAUUGGGUGGGAACUUGGAAAGAGAAGGCCUGACAAGCAGCCUCAAUAUAGAGACGACAGGAUAGUUAGCCAUAGGUAGAUACCUCUCGUCUGACAGGCAUCCCCACGCCAUGAUAUUGUCACAAGCGACGAGACGAAUCAGAUAGACGAUGGUCUAUGUUUUCUUCGGUGAUGACGACACUAGCAUGUGCGUUAAUAUUAAUUCCUAUGGUAUGGAUGCCGGACGAGGACUUAGGGAACUCCUUGGCGCUGCUUCCUCCUCUCUACAUUAGGACCGAGAUUUCGACCGGAUAUAGUGAAUGGCGGGCGCUCCUUCGGCACCCUAGUUGUCUAGUCAUCUUCGCCGCACGAUCGGUCGUGAGGCUACCUACCUCCUAUUUACCUAGUACCUAGUAGAUGAUACAUUUCCG